AUGGACUCACCGUCCCUGCCAAACCGCAUGUACACUGUGGGUUGGAUCUGUGCGUUGGCGGUGGAAAUGGCUGCGGCGACGGCCAUGUUGGAUGAAGUCCAUCAAAGCCCUCGAGAGUUGCACCCAAACGAUCACAACUCUUACACUCUGGGCAAGAUAAACAAUCACAACGUCGUGAUUGCCUGUCUUCCGGCCGGGAAUUACGGUAUCGCACCGGCAGCUUCCACCGCGCAACAAAUGAUGACCAGCUUUACCGGGAUAAAGUUCGGCCUCAUGGUUGGCAUUGGCGGCGGAAUCCCCCAAGAAGGACAUGAUAUCCGGCUCGGUGACAUAGUCGUCAGUGAACCCAAGGGCCAGCUUGGGGGCGUUAUCCAAUACGAUCGAGGACGAGAGCUGGGUGUUUGCUUUGAGCGGACAGGCUGGUUGAACUCGCCACCAGAAGUGUUGUUAACGGCCCUCAACGCGCUAAAGGCAAGCCAUUGGUCCAAUAAAAGAAAACUCGAAGAAAUACUUGCCUCACUGGCAGCCAAGAACCCAAGUUUCGCUCACCCGGGUGCAAAUGAGGGUUGGGCUGAGCUGCCUGAUCGAGGCAAUCUAGAUCCAGUCGUCCACUUUGGCCUCAUUGCAUCUGGGAACCAAGUUAUAAAAGAUGCUGCAACUAGAGAUCGACUUAGACACGAGCUCGGAAAUGUGCUGUGCUUUGAGAUGGAAGCAGCUGGCCUGAUGAACAAUUUCCCCUGCCUCGUCAUCCGAGGCAUCUCAGACUACGCAGAUUAUCACAAGAAUGACAUUUGGCAGCCGUACGCCGCAGCUACGGCCGCGGCCUUUGCCAAAAAUCUUCUCUCAAUUGUACAUGCCCACGAGGUAGAAAAUUCUAGCUACGCUCCUGUUGCUACCAAUUCUCUUUCGCCUGUUCUACCAUUCUCAGGAAUCAGUGACGGCAAGGAAUUUGUUGCAGAGGCAGCGGCAGGAACGUGCAAUUGGCUUCUCGAAGACAGCGAGUAUAAGGAAUGGCAAGAGCAAGACAAUGGUCUGCUUUGGAUAAUAGGAAAACCAGGCUCCGGCAAAUCAACAUUACUCAAAUAUGCCUCAAUGAUUGACUCCGAAAGACGAAGCAAAGGCUCAGAGAACGUGGUUGUGUUGUCUUUCUUUUUCCACAGUAAUGACUCCGAGUCGCAGGCGACGGCUCUCGACUUCUAUCGAAACCUUCUCCAUCAACUAAUUGUACGAUACCGGGAUCAACUAUGGAACCAGCUGGUGGGGGUUAUCGAGAACUUCCAAAUGAGCUCAGGGCGCUCGAUCAAUGAUGGGGAGGAGUGGAACUGGCAUGCCAAUGAGCUGGAGCGCUUGCUUCAAAGCUGCAUCAACAAAGCGCGGGAAACGUAUGCCGUUCAGAUAAUGGUUGAUGCCCUGGACGAAUGCAGUGAAGACGGGAUCGUCUCCCUCGAGGCCUUCUUCAAAAAUAUCCGGUCUCAACCAGCUUCGAGUCUAUCGCGUUUGAGUAUUUGCAUCACAUGCCGACAUUUUCCUCUGGUCAGAUGGCAGCAAGGAAAAGAAAUUUCCGUCGAGUCCAAGAACGAAGCAGAUAUUAGGACAUAUAUACGGAGUAAUCUCGAACCAUUUGAUGACGACGAAGAUUCAGGCGCUUUAGAAGAUGAAAUAGUCGAACGAUCCUCCGGAAUUUUUCUGUGGGCUAAGCUCAUAUUGCCUAAUAUGGUUCUACAACAAAGAAAAGGUUUGAAUCCUGAACAACUUCUGCAAUCGCUUCAGAACAUGCCUUCACGGUUGGCCGACAUAUUUGAAGAUGCCGUUGAAAAACUGGCCGCUGAGCCGAAUGAAAAGGUGUGGAGUUUGCGAUUAUUCCAGUGGCUAUGCUUUACGCGUAAACCGCUUUCAGUUUCAGAGCUCCAAUGGGCGAUGAAUGUUAGUGUGAACACUCAGUGCUCUUCUCUGAAACAGUGUCUUCGCUUGUCUGAUUCUAUCCGAACGGAGAAGCAGAUGAUCAGAAGGCUACGAAGCCUCUCUGGAGGGUUGGCAGAGCUGAGAGAGCAUAACGGAACCAAGGUGAUUCAGUUAAUCCACCAAUCAGCCAAGGAGUUUCUCCUUGACCGCGGGUUCCAACUUUUGGAUCCUGUGCUUGACAACAACGUUGUUUUGCGUGGCCAGUCCAACAUCUGCUUGUCCCAAGCUUGUAUCCGUUAUCUUGCGAUGGAUGAAAUCGUCAGCUCGAAGAGUAACAAACCCUGGCAACAGUUUCCUUUCCUUGACUAUUCUGUCACAUCAUGGAUUGUCCAUGCGGAAAAGGUAGAAGGGAUGCACAUGCCCCAAGAGUACAUUCUAUCGUCAUUCCAUUGGCCUUCCGAGCACAUUGUUGGUUCAUGGGUCCGAGCCUCGACAAAAGCACACAAGAACUGGCCCGUGCCUUGCACCACGCUUCUACAUGCGACGGCCCGACAUGACCUUGUCAGUGCAGUCGUGGCCCAGACUUGGGGGGCCUCCCUGAUCUACAAGUUCCUUUUAUAUUUAGUCAUCCAGAAUUGGGUUAUGAUUGCUCCAGUCAGCGUGCUACUUCGUCAAGUAUUACAGCUGUGUGUCGUGGCUAAUCGUGAUAUUGACGUCAAGGAUGACCGUGGACGAACACCACUGUCUUUGGCUGCGGCAAGAGGGCAUAAAAGAGUUGUCCAGGUUCUUCUUUUGCAAGCGGAUGUAGAUGUUAAUGCGGUAGAUGAAGAGGGGAGAACACCCCUGUCUUGGGUAGCCGCGGCAGGUCAUAAAGAAGUUAUGGAACUGUUGCUCGCCCACCCCGGUAUCGACAUCAAUCUCUCCGACAAAUUGAAGAGGACUCCUUUGAUGUGGGCGACUGCAAAAUACAAUGGACCUGUGGCGCUACGACUUAUCCAGGGGGGUGCCGGCGUGUCUGCCUCGGAUCAUGAUGGGAUCACCACUUUGCAUUUGGCUGCUGAAGGUGGGCAAGAGGAGCUGGCCAGAAUACUGCUGGACCACGGAGCCAAUAUAGAAGCGAAAGACCGCCAUGGACGCACAGCACUUCACGCAGCGGCUUUAUACGGACACACCCUCAUGCUACAGCUGCUGCUCGACAGAGGAGCCGAUAUCACAGUGAGCGACAACGGCGGCGAUACGGUUUUACACCGGGUGGCUGGAAAUAGAGACCCAAGAGUGGCUCGACAGCUGCUUGAUAAGGAGUCGGAUAUUGUAGCCACGGGGAGUCUGGUCCUGAAGCAUUGCAGGGAUCUCAACUUUUCGACAGAUUCAAAUGGAAGGACCCCUCUCCAUCGUGCAGUUGGUAAUGGGCGCCGGACUUUGGUGGAAGUACUCCUCCAGAAUGGAGCAAUGAUAAACGCCGAAGACCAUCAGAGACAAACGCCUCUUUUAGUGGCGAUGGAAAACAGAGAGACGGCAAUGAUGAACUUUUUAAUCGACAAAGGUGCAGACGUGACAGUCAUUAUGCGAAAGUCGGACGCCCAAGACUCACCAUCAAAGAGCAAGGUUGAUUCAGGCAGCAAUAGAAUGACAUUGGAAAGGGCCUGCAAAGACGGAGAUGAGCCUCUUGUGCAACAGCUACUAAAGGAAGAUGCCCCAGUCACAUUCAGAGCCUUGAACGCGGCCGCAGAAAAGGGGCACGAAGGAAUCGUGAGGCUUUUGCUAGAAAAGAGAUCAUACAUUGCUCGAAUGGUUCCAACUAAGACAAUGGUAAGAUCCGACGAUAAUCAUGCACUUCACCGUGCAGCAAGGCACGGCCACGAAGCAGUCGUCAAAUUGCUCCUCGCCAACGGAGCAGACAUCAACGCCGAUGUUCUCGGUACGCCGCUUUAUCAAGCGGCAGAGAGUUUAUCCAAAGACACAGACAAAGCAGCCAUGCAGGAAGCGAUGAUACGGCUCUUGCUUGAGCAUGGAGCGAACCCACAGUCAACCUUUUGGCAAGCCCUAGAUUCUGUUGCGUCUCGUGGCAGCAAAGGAUUAGUACAGACGAUGUUGGAUCAUGGUGCAGAACCGACAGCGAGGACGCUUGAAGCUGCCGUCAGAGGGUUCAACGAGCCGACCAUCCAGCUUUUACUUGAGAGAGGCGUGGAGAUCACACCAGAAGCUUUAGAAAGCGCUGUUCGUUUAGAGCACGAGCCCACCGUGCGACUCUUGAUUGAAAAGGGGACUGCUCCUACUGAAGACGCACUGAAGUAUGCUGUUUCUUUGGGCCACGAGGCUAUUGUCAGAUUGCUUCUUGAGAAGGGUGCGGUCACAAGCCCAGAUACACUAAGGAUGAUAUCUACACGCACGAAUGAAGACAUAGUCCGUUUAUUGCUGGACAGAGGAGCGAAACCAACUUCCCGAGCACUGGAAAAGGCCGCCGGAUAUGGAAAUGAAAGCGUAACCCGACUCCUCCUCAGUGAAGGUAUUGAAGCAACAUCAAAAGCCUUGGAGAGGGCUGUUGCAAAUGACCAGGACGCCAUUUUCUGGUUACUUCUCGAGCAGGGGGCCACAAUCACACCAAAGACUUUGGUCAAGGCUAUUGCGAAGAAAAACAAGGCUGCCGUCCAUUUCAUUCUUGAACGCAGGGUUGAAAUUGUACCCGAAGCUGCUGAGGAGGCUGCCGCGCACGGCGACAAGGACCUGCUUCAACUGCUCCUGGACAAUGGCGGCCGCACAACACCACAUGUCCUCCCAAAAGCGAUAUCCAAGGGACGGUUGGACCUGGUCCAGCUCCUGCUUAAUAACGGCGCCAUCAUAACCCCAGAGGCCAUAACACAGGCUAUACAGUCAGAAGAUAAGACAAUCACCCUUCUGCUUCUUGGGAAAGGUACAAAUCCAUCGUCUUCGGCGCUGGAGUCGGCCGUAGAGAAGGGGAAUGAGGCCAUAAUCCGGUUGCUGCUGAGGAGAGGCGCCUCGGUGACUUUCGAGGCACUGGAACGUGCUGUUCUUUUUAACAACAUGGCCCUAGUUAGACUGCUGCUCGACCAGGGUCCUCAAAUCAUCCAUCUACGCAGGAAUGAAUUGACUGCCCUACACAGAGCUGUCUAUAUGCAAGACGUAUCAAUCUCAAAACUGCUGCUCGAGCGGGGCAUCGAUGUCAACGCCGAGAACCACUAUGAUGCUACGGCAUUGCAUAUAGCAACAAAAUCGGGCAAUGUAGAGUUGGUGAGCCUGUUGCUCCGAUUCGGAGCCAAUGUCAACAAGGAUCAUCAUUAUGAGAGCAUGCCACUAUGGUUGGCAGUGGCGCAUGGUUACGACAGCAUUGUAGAGCUAUUGCUGGAGCACGGUGCCGACCCUAACAAAGGAACGUAUCGUAGCAAAUCGAAAACGGCUUUAAAAAUGGCCAUUGAGAGCGACAACCCAAGAACAGUGAAACUGCUUCUACAGCACGGGGCGGACGUUGGGAAUGGGGCCAAAGCUAAAAAGAUACUGGAUUUGGCAAUCACGAACGAGAAUAAGACCAUCAUUCAAUUGUUGAAGGAGCACAUUGGAGAUAUUGCCACGGGAGAGGCUGGAUGA